ACUGGAAGAAAAGGAAAAGGAAUACGAAAUAGUAAAAAGGGUGCUUUAUGAAGCCUCGAUCGUACAGUAAUAUAGCAUUUCUAGAUUAUAAAGCAUACAUAUGUAUAUAAUGGAGGAAGCGUUGUCUGAAGUAAAUGUGACGUGUCUGCUCUGCGAGAAAACUUUUGAUGCCAUUCAGAAGCUGGACGACCACCUGACCACCCACUUUGCGCAGCCGGUGGCCAGCCAAAGUCAAAGCUGUGAUCUCUGCGGGCGCGGAAUGCGAUCAUCGCUGGAGCUGCACCAGCACUACAAGAGAUUCCACGAGGCCCAUGUGGCCAGCACAGACGGGCAUUUCCAGUGCCAUCUCUGCGACAAGGUGUUCCUCCUUCAAGAUCACCUGAGUGUCCACGUGAAGAUCGAACACUCGGCAGAUGGCUUUCGACCGGAUGAGAAGGCCACGGAGUAUGAUCAGAGCAAGCGUCCCUGCUUUGAUCUAACCAAGGAUUAUAAGCUUGAUCCCAUCUUCUGUCCACCGCCCAAGAGAACCUAUCCGCCGCGCUCACCCUUCUUCAAUCCAAAUCUGUGGCUAGGAGCGGACAACUCCUUCAUGUAGAGGAACGCGGAUAUUGGUGAAUCUUUUUAAUUCUAUAUGACAAGCUUUUUGAUGCCAUUCCAAAUUUUUCUCAAAUAAUUUAGAACCAUAUUAUAUAAGACGCGAAAACAGUACACCGAAUGUGCCUGCCAUCCGUAAAUAAAACUCAGUGCCCUAUGAUUUAAUUAAAA